CAGGGAUGUGUAAUUACUUGUCAUGGUCGUCUCAUGUUUUUGUUUUCUUAACGUUACACUUCGGAAAAUUCAUUUUUGGAUACUGUUCUUCUACAAAUUAGUUCAUCACAAAAAGGGUAUCAUACCGAGCAGCCAUUGAAAGAGCUAAUUAUGCAGUCGAGUACCACUUAAGAUGGAGCAUUACAAACAAUAUCCUAAGUUUGGUCCCCAGAUAGAAAACAGUUAUUAAUGGCGAAUUUCCCAAGUCUCAAGUACUGAUGACUAAAAUUAAGUCCCCAGUUAAGGGUAGGUAGCUGACACCAGUGGCCAAAGACCGUUAGGUUUACACCUGCAUUUCAAACAAAAGCUCCCGGGAAAGUCCAUCUAACAGAGUACAAACAACGACAUUAAUCUUUCAAGGACUCGGUGAUAGAGAUAGAGGGAGCUGCAGAAAGGAAGAAAUUAAGGGAUUCUUCAUCCAUGGGGUGUGGUGAUGUUACUCCAUCAUCUUCGCCACCAACACCACCAUCACCUCUUCCCAUAAGUGUUGGACCUGGAAAUCGAAAGUACAAUUUCUCCUGCUCCUCCUCUCCUUCACCACCCUUCUCCCCUCCUCUUUCUAGCCACACAUCUGCUGAAAACCUCCCUUUCUUGCCUCAAAGGUUGGCUAGUCCUAAACGGGUGCCUUCAGCAUUUUCAUUGGAACGACCGGAUCCUGAUCCAUUGGAUUCUAAGAGUUCUUGCCUUGAAGACUUAGAUAAACGAGAUUCAAUUGUAAUGGAAAUUCAAGUCGAAUCUACCCAGCAAACCCCCCCACUAGUUUUGGUUGAGCUUGCUUGGACCUUCUUGAGUUUUGACUGGUAGGUUUUUUUCCCUUUAUACCUUCCGUUGAGAUACGUAAACCAACCAGUCAAAAGCAAGCAAAUGUGAACUAAUGACAUUAUGACAGUUGAAUCUGCCUCUUGGUGACUGACAGUAAAAAUGCAACGGUAAUUCAACCAUAGGCAAUUAUUUUUCAUCACAAAAUAGUCUAAUAAGCAACUCAUGAUUUAAAUUAAUCUAGCUCAUACUAACAAUGGAAGAAAUUAAGGAUAGAGGAAGAUCGAGCCUGAUGCUAUCACAUCACAGGAAAAAAGAAAGAACCAAUUUCUGAUUAUUUCAUAGUUCAAGAAAGCAGGGGUGCUGUUCACUACUAA